AUGCCCACUGAAUUCCUGAGUAACUUUGACUAUAAUUCCACUGUUGACGAUGUGGAUUACACAGUCAGUGGCUUCACUGACAUCUGCAUGAAGGCCGGUGUCAGACAAUUGGCUAGAUACUUCCUUCCACCCCUCUACUGGCUUGUGUUUGUGGUGGGGACUUUAGGGAACGGUCUAGUCGUCAUUAUGUACUGGGGUUGUACCAGAGUGAAGACCAUGACUGAUAUGUUCCUGCUGAACCUGGCAAUUGCUGACCUCCUCUUCCUCUUCACUUUGCCCUUCUGGGCUAUUGAUGCUUCCAGCCAGUGGAAAUUUGGGACCAGCAUGUGCAAGGUGGUGAAUGCUACAUACAAGAUGAACUUUUACAGCUACAUGCUGCUCAUCAUGUGUAUCAGUAUCGACAGAUACAUUGUGAUUGCCCAGGCCAUGAAAGCCCAUCGCUGGAGGCAGAAGUGUCUUCUCUAUAGCAAAACAGUGUGUUCUGCCAUCUGGGUAAUGGCACUCACCCUGUGUAUCCCCGAAUGCCUGUACAGCCAAAGCAAGACGCAAUCUGAUAACACCAUCUGUACAAUGGUCUACCCCAGUGUUGAGCUCAAGGCCAUCCUUUCAAUGCUAAGGUUUAUUCUGGGAUUCUUCCUCCCACUCACCGUCAUGACUGGCUGUUAUACCAUUGUCAUUUACACUCUGGUGCAAGCCAAGAAGUCGUCUAAACACAGAGCCUUAAAAGUGACGGUUUUGGUCCUCAUAGUCUUUGUCUUAUCUCAAUUUCCCUAUAACAUCAUUAUAUUGGUGCAGACCAUCGAUGCCUACAAGAUGUUCAUCGUAGACUGUGACAUUUCUACCUACAUUGACAUCUGUUUCCAGGUUACUCAGACCAUUGCAUACUUCCACAGCUGCCUAAACCCAGUUCUUUAUGUUUUUGUGGGUAAGAAAUUCCGCCAGGAUCUUGUGAAAACCCUGAGGAAACUGGGAUGCAUCAGCCAGGCCCAAUGGGUCUCCUUCUCUAGGAGAGAAGGGAGCCCAGGGUUGUCAUCCAUGAUGGUAGAGACAACAUCUGGACCCCUCUCCUUCUAA